ACAUGGCUGAAACGCUGGUCAGUGUGAGCCGUGUGGCUAACAAAAUGUGAAUAAACAAUGGAGUUUGAUCAUUUUGUACACAUUUGUGGAAACGAACUCUUUUGCGAGAUUAUAAAUUUGAAUUUAAGCCAGUUUCUGCAUUGUAGGUGUGAAAGCUCUCAGUUUUGAGGAUGACCUCCAUCAUCAAGCUCACAGCCGUGUCCGGCGCUCAGGAGGAGUCCGCCCUAUGCUACCUGUUACAGGUGGAUGAAUUCCGCUUCCUCCUGGACUGCGGCUGGGAUGAGAACUUUUCCAUGGACAUCAUUGAUGCAAUGAAAAGGUACGUUCAUCAGGUAGACGCAGUGCUUCUCUCCCACCCCGACCCGCUUCACCUCGGGGCUUUACCCUACGCCGUUGGCAAACUGGGCCUCAACUGUACCAUCUACGCCACCAUCCCCGUGUACAAAAUGGGUCAGAUGUUCAUGUACGAUCUCUAUCAGUCUCGCCACAACACGGAGGAUUUCACCCUGUUCACUCUGGAUGACGUGGACUCGGCUUUCGACAAGAUUCAGCAGCUGAAAUACUCACAGAUUGUGAACCUGAAAGGCAAAGGGCACGGCUUGUCCAUCACCCCUCUCCCGGCAGGUCACAUGAUCGGCAGCACCAUCUGGAAGAUCGUUAAAGACGGAGAGGAGGAGAUCAUCUACGCCGUGGACUUCAACCACAAGCGAGAGAUUCAUCUGAACGGCUGUUCCCUGGAGGCGAUCAGCCGGCCCUCUCUGCUCAUCACCGACUCCUUUAACGCCUCGUACGUUCAGCCACGGCGGAAACAGCGCGACGAGCAGCUCCUCACUAACGUGAUGGAGACGCUGCGUAACGACGGGAACGUGCUGAUCUCCGUGGAUACCGCAGGACGCGUGCUGGAACUCGCUCAACUGCUGGAUCAGAUCUGGAGGACCAAGGAUGCGGGACUGGGCGUCUACUCGCUCGCCCUGCUCAACAACGUCAGCUACAACGUGGUGGAGUUCUCCAAGUCGCAGGUGGAGUGGAUGAGCGACAAGCUGAUGCGAUGCUUCGAAGACAAGCGGAACAACCCCUUCCAGUUCCGCCACCUCUCCCUGUGCCACAGUCUGCAGGAUCUGGCUCGAGUGCCCAGUCCGAAAGUGGUGCUGUGCAGCCAGCCCGAUCUGGAGUCGGGUUUCUCGCGCGAGCUGUUCAUCCAGUGGUGCCAGGACUCCAGAAACUCCAUCAUUCUGACGUACCGCACCACGCCGGGCACGCUGGCUCGCUAUCUCAUCGACCACCCGGGAGAGAAGAUGAUCGAUCUGGAGAUCAGAAAAAGGAUCAAGCUGACGGGCCAGGAGCUGGAGGAGUAUCUGGAGAAGGAGAAGAUCAAAAAGGAGACGGCUAGAAAAAUCGAACAAGCCAAAGAGGUGGACGUGGACUCCAGCGACGAGAGCGACAUGGAGGACGACCUGGAGCAGAGCACGCACGCCGUGAGGACCAAACACCACGACCUGAUGAUGAAGGGCGAAGGGGGGCGCAAGGGAGGAUUCUUCAAACAGGCCAAGAAGUCCUACCCCAUGUUCCCCUCCCACGAGGAGAGGAUCAAGUGGGACGAGUACGGAGAGAUCAUCAGGGCUGAGGAGUUCCUGGUUCCCGAGCUGCAGGCCACCGAGGAGGAGAAGAAUAAGCUGGAGCUGGGUCUGGCUAACGGAGACGAGCGCAUGGACCAGGACCUCUCCGUCAUCCCGACUAAGUGCACGUCCAGUACGGAGACGCUGGAGAUCAGGGCUCGGGUGGCGUACAUAGACUACGAGGGCCGCUCGGACGGAGACUCCAUCAAGAAGAUCAUAAACCAGAUGAAGCCCAGGCAGCUGAUCAUCGUACACGGGCCCCCGGAGACCAGUCAGGACCUGGCCGAUUCCUGCAAGGCCUUCAGUGGCAAAGACAUCAAGGUGUACACCCCCAAGCUGCAGGAGACGGUGGACGCUACCAGCGAAACGCACAUCUACCAGGUGAGACUGAAGGACUCUCUGGUCAGCUCCCUGCAGCUCUGUAAAGCCAAGGACACGGAGCUGGCCUGGAUCGACGGCGUGCUGGACAUGCGUGUGGUGAAGGUGGACACGGGCGUGCAGCCGGAGGACGGCGGCGCCCGGGAAGACGCCGAAAACGCCGAGGCUCCCAUGGACGUCAGUACCGAUCUGGCGGUGGAGCCCAGCGUCAUAGCGACGCAGCGGGCCAUGCAGACGCUGUUCGGCGAGGACGAGAAGGAAAUAUCGGACGAGAGCGACGUCAUUCCCACGCUGGAGCCGCUGCCCCAGACUGAGGCUCCGGGUCACCAGGCCGUGUUCAUCAAUGAGCCGCGACUGUCGGACUUCAAGCAGGUUCUGCUGCGGGAGGGGAUCCAGGCCGAGUUCGUGGGCGGAGUGCUCGUCUGUAAUAACAUGGUGGCCGUGCGCAGGACGGAGGCCGGGCGGGUCGGGCUGGAGGGCUGCAUGUGUGAGGACUACUUCAGGAUUCGGGAGCUGCUCUAUCAGCAGUACGCGGUGGUGUAGCGCAUCCUCCUGCGAUUCGAACGCCUCUCGAAAUCCUUUAUUUUUGUAUUUUUGGUCUUUAUUUUUACCACGCUGUGGGUCCUGCGCUGAACUCUGGACUCCUGUUGACUUAUUUGCUGUUCUGAUCAGCGAGAAAAGACUGAUGAUGACGGAUUCUUCUUUUGUUUUUUAGUUAGAUUUUUUGUUCUUUCUCGUCUGGUAUAAAAAAACAAAAACAAAGAAAUGACAUUUGGAACUGG